GUGGCCCAAUACGGUUAAUUCUAUCAAGGAGCUGGAAAGAUACUGCAAGGGGAAGGGGACUGAGAAACAAUGCAUAAAAAGGCUUGUGUAUGUAACCUGCUUCAGACCCUUCCUGGAGGCAUGAGCCCCUAGAAGUGUCUCCUUUUGCAAAAGCUUGUGAGAAAAUAAAGGUGUUGGAUCUGAUUUGGUCUCACAUCUGGUGUGUAUUGGGGCUUCCACCAGGUGUAACAGAACCGCUUGUGUAACAGUAGGAUCUGGUUCCUAUGAUCCAAUUAUCACAAAUAAUUCAGCCAAGGAAACUAUCAAGGAUCUAUUGACACAUUCAGUAGAGCAACAUUUCAGGCAUUGCAAUGGAACUGAAGUGAGUGUUCUGCCCCAAGCAAGAGCAGCUUAUACAUCAGAGAAAGACUUUGGUGUCUCUGACAAGAGCAACAAAGAAGAAUGGAUUCUACAGAAGAUAUGGAAAGUAUUAGAACCUUCCUUCAGUACCAGCAUGGAUGUCUAAUCUCAAAGAUUAUUUUUACUGCCUGUGAGUUGGGAGUAUUUGAUCUGCUUUUGGAGUCAGGUGAACUCAUGACCGCAGCAACUAUUGCUGAACAUCUGGGCACCAGCAACACUGGGAUGGAGAGGCUGCUGGAGGCCUGUGUGGGCUUAAAGCUCCUGCAAGUGGAGAGGAAGGGCAAUCCAGCUCUUUAUGGAAACACAGAUUUUUCCAGUGUCUACCUUGCUGAGUCGAGCCCAAAGUCUCAGUAUCAUUAUAUGAUGUUCUGCUCUGGAACAACAUUUCCAAACCUGGCCUACUUGGCAGAUGCGGUGAGGGAAAGAAAAAACCAGAUUGAGAGAAUAUUUGACAAUCCACCUGAUGAUUUCUUUGAGGCACUUUUUAGGUCAGAGGAAAAGUUGAAAAGGUUCUUGAAUAUGAUGAAUUCCACUCGGCAUCUAUGUGGCAAGGAUGUGGUUGCUGCCUUUGAUCUUUCUCAUUUCCCACUUAUUUGUGAUCUAGGGGGAAGUGGUGGUGGCUUGGCUAAGGAAUGCAUUUCGUUACAUCCAAAUUCUACCGUGACAAUUUUAGACUUACCCAAAGUAGUGGAAAUGGCAAAGAAGCAUUUUGUAUCCUUGGAAGAACAGCGAAUUUCUUUCCACGAAGGGGAUUUUUUUAAAGAUCCAAUUCCUGAAGCUGACCUGUAUAUUUUGGCUAGGAUCCUGCAUGAUUGGGGUGAUGAGGAGUGUGUACAGCUGCUAACCAAACUGCAGAAAGCCUGCAAACCUGGUGGUGGUGUGUUAGUAGUGGAAGUGGUUCUCAAUGAAGACAGAAGUGGGCCAUUAGAAGCCCACCUCUACUCCUUGUUGAUGCUGCUGCAUACUGAAGGUAAAGAACGGACUCCAUCAGAGUACAACGUGCUCCUCAGCUUAGCUGGCUUCAAGGAGAUUCAGCUAAAGAAAAGAAAAUUCUAUGAUGCCAUUUUAGGAAGAAAAUAAUGUUAUUUCUGCUUCAUUCUUGUUCAAUUCUAAAGGAAGCUGGAAUAAUAAAAGUUCUUGUUUUAACA